AUGUUAAGAGCUGCUACUUGUUAUAGGCUUCCUCAAGCCACAACACUAUUAUGUGCUCCCACAAUCCGAUUUGUGUCAAGCACGACUACCAAACCGCAAGUAAUCACCAAUCGGACACCAAAUCACCAUCACAAUCACGACAACGACGCUAACCUACCACUCAACAAGCGUGAAUUGGAGGCACCUCACACAGUUCCACAGCGUAAUGGUAUCUUUGACGUUUCGACCAAAAUUUACAAUGAGUCAGAUAUCGAAAAGCAUGAUGAUGUAAAAUUCUUAACCAAACCCGCCUACCCACACGUUGGAUACACUGAAGCAGGUGUUUAUAGAGUUAAGAUUGCUCAUAGGGAACCAACCACAAUUGGUGACAAGGUUGCCUACCACGGAACUAUGUUUUGCCGUGCUUGCUUUGACUUUGUGACUGGCUACAAGGUACCCAAACCGGGUGAUCCACUUGACAAAUAUAAAGGAACUAGAUAUGAGAUGACAGAAGGCAAGUGGAUGACUCGUGUUAUCUUCUUAGAGCUGAUUGCUGGUGUUCCUGGAUCAGUAGCCUCCUUCUUGAGAACUUUGCAUUCCUUGAGGCUAUUAAAGAGAGAUCAAGCUUGGAUUGAAACCUUGCAAGAUGAAGCGUAUAACGAGAGAAUGCACUUGCUUACUUUUAUCAAAAUAGGUCAGCCAUCGUGGUUCACAAAGACGAUCAUUUAUCUUGGUCAGGGGGUCUUUACCAACUUGUUCUUUUUCUGCUACUUGGCCAAUCCAAAGUACUGUCACAGAUUUGUUGGUUACUUGGAAGAGGAGGCUGUGAGAACAUAUACACACUUGAUUGAUGAGUUAGAAGAUCCAAAAAAGCUCAAGGGCUUCCAAAGCAUGUUGAUCCCAACCAUUGCAGUUAACUACUGGCCAAAUUUGUCAGAGGAAUCGAGUUUUAAAGAUUUGAUUUUGAGAAUUAGAGCUGAUGAAUCAAAACAUAGAGAAGUGAAUCAUACGUUAGCCAACUUGAAACAGGAUGGUGAUAGAAACCCAUUUGCUUUGCACAUUGACGGGUUGGAUAAGCCGCAACCAAACUAUGGGUUGGAUGUUGUUAAGCCUACUGGAUGGGAGAGAAAAGAUUUGUACCUUUAA